AUGCAGAGUUUGAUGGUGUGGUACGUGAUUUUGCUAGUGAGCAGUGUAUGUGCUCAAAAUAAUGGACUAUUUGAGCUAAACAUUGUUCAUUACAAUGACUUUCAUGCCCGGUUUGAUGAAGUCAGCCCAAAUGGUGCAGCUUGCAAUCCAACCAUUGCCCCGUGUAUUGGGGGCUUCGCAAGAUUAUACACAGCUGUUAUGAACACAUUUAAGGUGGAGCCUGACUCAUUGUUACUCAACGCGGGAGACAAUUUCCAGGGCACAAUUUGGUACAACUUCUAUCGAUGGAACGCCACUCAGCACUUCAUGAAUUUACUGCCUCAUGAUGCUCAUGUUCUUGGCAAUCACGAGUUUGACAACGGCUUGGAGGGCUUGCUUCCUUACUUGGAACAUUUGAAGGCACCAAUGCUUGGAACUAAUGUGAACACUAUUCGGGAGCCAACGAUGUCGGCCUAUAUUAAGAAACACAUCAUAGUCAAACGUCGUGGUAGAAACAUUGGUAUCAUCGGCGCACUGCUGCGUAAGUUCACUGGAUCAAAAGGCCAAUUGGUAAUUGAGGAUGAGCUAGAAGCAGUCAACCGAGAGGCUGCAAUCUUAACUGAAAAAGGUGUAGACAUCAUCAUUUUGCUUACUCAUAUGGGAUUCAAUAGCGACUUGGCCCUCGCGGCGCGUGUUUCCUCAACUGUGGACAUUAUAGUGGGUGGCCACACAAAUACCCUACUUUAUAAUGGUGAAACACCUAACGGUGAAACACCUCAGGGCAGAUAUCCUACAAUUGUUCAGCAAGUUAGUGGACAUCGGAUUGCAGUAGUACAGGCGUCGUGUUUCACACGUUUUCUGGGUAACAUCAAGUUCUUCAUCAAUGAUAAGGGUAUAGUCGAAAGAUGGGCAGGUUUUCCUAUAUACCUAAAUUCUUCUAUUGUACAAGAUCCUAAUAUCCUGAGAGAAUUGGCACUGUGGCGCCAGCAGGUAGAGGCGGUGGCCAAGGAAGUGCUGGGCGUGUCAAGUGUCACGCUAAGUAGAUCUUCUUGCUGGGGAGGUGAAUGUAGUCUAGGAAGCUGGGUCUGCGAUGGCUUCUUGGACGAGCUUCUGUGGAUGCGCCAAAACACAAGUCACAGCAAUGAUGUGUACGUUUGCCUGCUCAGCGUUGGCGGCCUCAAAAUGCAAAUAGACCCGGGCAACGUAACUACCGAGAGUCUCCUGAUGGUCUUACCAUACGAAAACCUUCUUCAAGUCUACGAUAUUAAGGGCCAAUAUCUUCAGGAAGCGCUGGAGCUUGCUGUUGGCGUUCCUUGGACUCACACCUUCGCCAGCAAACAUAUAUUGCAGAUCGGGGGUCUCCGCAUCGUCGUAAACGCAUCUAAGCCGGUCGGGUCCCGCGUUACAGCCACGGCUCGAUGUACGGAUUGUGGUGGAUCUGGAUACCUACCCCUUGAUCCUAACAAGACGUAUAAAGUUGUGUCUUGGAAUUACAUUGGUGACGGACGCGGAGGGUUUACGAUGUUGGCUAAGCACAGAGAAAAUGUAGAAAACUUGGGAGUAGACUAUGUAUUGCUACAAAGGUACCUGAGAAGACAGCAAAAAGUGGCUAAGGAUCUCGAUGGCCGGAUACAAAUAGUCUAUUAA